AUGUCGAUUGUUGAAUGGCAUAGUGUGCCCGCAUUCCAGGAAGAAUUUCCUGGUUUUGACUCUGAUGGUGAAGAUCGUCAAGAGCGUUACGAGUACGACAUAGAGGAAGCUUUGACACAAUUCACCGAUGGACCUCCUAUCAUGCAUAAUGUGUAUCCUGAUAUACCGAAUGAAGGAACUGAAGAGCAACAAGCAAGGAAGAGGCGAUACAAUAUAAGAAGAGGUGAUGGGAAUUUGUUCAAAGGGCAAUUAUUCACCAGCGGUAUUGCGUUUAAGGAGGCUGUGCUCGAUUAUGCUCUCAAAACUGGCUACAAUAUCUCGCAAAACAAGUAUGACAAAACCAAGCUGAGCUUCACAUGUGGCGGUGAAGGAUGCUCAUGGCGCAUCUAUAGCUCAAUUUCUGGUAAGUCUGGUACGUGGCAGGUGGUAACAUUUCAGUCGAAGCACACAUGUGUCCCUAAUGGGAAAUGCAAGAUGUUGAAGGCUCCUGUGAUUGCUCGUUUAUUCUUGGACAAAAUAAGAGAAGAACCUGAGUAUUACAUGCCUAUGAAGCUUGAAGAAAUGAUUAUGGAGAAGUGGAGGAUCUCUGUCUCAAGGCCUCAAUGUCAACAUGCUAGGAACAAGGCAUUGAAAUGGAUUGCGGUAGAGUAUGCAGAGCAGUUUGCUCGGCUAAGAGAUUAUAAGGCUGAGUUAGAGCUAUCGAAUCCGAAUUCUUCUGUGGUGGUUGACUGUGUGACAAAUGAUGAGGGACAACAUGUUUUCCAGCGGUUUUAUGUGUGUUUUGAUAAUCUGAGGAAGUCCUGGAAACAACAUUGCAGACCGCUUAUAGGUGUUGAUGGGUGCUUUCUCAAAACGGUUCAGAAAGGCGAGCUGUUCAUAGCCAAUGGUCGAGAUGCUGAUAAUCGGAUCUACCCCAUUGCUUGGGCUGUAGUUCAGAAAGAAAAUACUAAUAACUGGUCAUGGUUUUUUCAGAAGAUCAAGGCUGAUUUAGAACUUGGCGAUGGUGAUGGUUAUGUCUUGGUUUCUGAUCGUCAAAAGGGUUUUCUUGCUGCUGUCAAGGAUGAGCUACCUAAGAUUGAACACAGAAUGUGUGUCAGGCACAUCUACAUGAAUUUGAAGGCUCGGAAUGCAAAGAAACCCGAGUUGAAGGGCUUGAUCUGGAAUUUAGCUUGGAGCUAUAAUGAACCAGAGUUCAGAGACAAUCUGAAGAAGAUUGAGCUCUUUGACGAAGCUGUUUAUGCUGAUCUGAUGAAGACUAAGCCCGAGACUUGGUUCAUAUUUGUUUCAGGUAAAGCCAGAGAUAAGGCUUUAGUACCGAUGCUUGAGACCAUUGCAAGACUUGCAAUGGUUCGUAUAGCUAAGAGAAGUGCCCAAGCUGUUAGCCACGAAUGGUUAUGUACUCCAUACGUGAGUAAGUAUUUAGCUGAGUUGCAUGAGGAUGCUUCGAAGUGUAUUGUCCAACCAUCGACCAACAUGAAGUAUUAUUCAAGCCUCCAUGGAUGUGCUUACCGAGUUGAUUUGGUGGAGAGGACUUGUACCUGCAGAAGAUGGGAAAUAACCGGCAUUCCUUGUGAGCAUGCCUACGGCGUGAUGAUUCACAAGAAAAUGGAAGCUCAGCACUAUAUCUGCCAUUGGUUUAGGACCCUUACGUGGAGAAAUCUUUAUACAGAUGGUGUAGUUCCAGUCAGAGGUGCUCGCUUUUGGCCUGUAGGAGAAGAACCCUCGAUAGUGCAGCCACCGGUACCAGACAUGCCUGGCCGUAACAAGGUGAAUAAGGCGGAUAAAAAAAGGAAGAAAGGACAAGCUGAAUCUCCGGUUAAGAAGAAGAAAGACAAGUUGCUGAAGAGGAUCAUGCAUUGCAAAGUUUGUGGAGCUGCUAAUCACAAUUCACGGUUUCACAAGAAAAAGAAUAAGACAACAAUGGCUUCUCUAGGUGAAUCAUCAUCUCAGCCGGAAUGUUCUCAAGGAGUUCUUACUCAGCUUGGAGAAUGA